AUGCUGCAGGCGAUUAUUGAGGACAUGAUCGCAGAGAAGAUACAGAAAGUGGAGGAGCUCAGCGAAAAGAUUCAGCGUCAUCAGUACCGGCAGCAGCUGGAGCAAGCCGCGAAGGCGAAGCUGGCGAAGCAGAAGGAGCUAGAAAUGGCAGCCGUGCAGCAGGCGCAUCUGAACUUUUGUCCACCCGUGGUUGGGUGA